CACAACACAGUGUCACUCUUUAAAAGAUCCAUUGAAAAUUUGCAUGAAAAUAAUUUUUGCCUAAAAGAUUUAUCAUUGUGAUUUAGUAUACAUUAUAUUUAAAUUAACAAAAUAGAUCAGAUUAUUUAGUGAUUUACUCCAUAAGAGGCACAACAGCCAAGAUUUGUGCCAGCUUGAAAGCCAUGUUUUGUCAUGUAACUUGUACAUGAUUGUGACCGUUUUAAUUGCAAUAUUCUGCUUGAUAGUAAAAUUUUCAUAAUUUGAAAGAAUAAAGAAGACAUUACUAUGGCAUCUCUUUCUGUAGAGGAAGAAAACUAUGUUAGAAUGAGUUUGUUAUUAACAGGAGUUUCUCCUCGUGCAGCUAGAACUUUCUUUGAUAGUGAGUUUGCUCCAGCAUGUUUAGAGGCUACAAUAAAGAAAGAAUAUAACAAAUUGCAUGAAUUGAGGAAGACGCACAUUAUCAACCAAUCACAGUGGAACCUUCUGUUUACAAAAUCUCCUGAUGUUCCAGAUUCUAAAUUGUUCGAUGUGACUUUAAUGAUAUUAUUACUGAGGAAUUUGACUUCCAUGAACCCUCCUCUUUGUGGAUUUGACAAAUUACCAUUUGUCUCGGAAACUACACAAGCUGCAGAUUUAGCAAGAAUAAAAUAUUACAGGAAUAAACUAGCUCAUCUACAGGAUUGCAAAGUAGACACUGCAUUCUUUACCACAGCAUGGACUGAUAUAACUUGUGCCAUACAUAGAUUGGGUGGACAGCAAAUGGAGCAAGAAUGUGGUAAUAUAAAAACCAUGCCGCUAGAUCAAACCAAUCAAGAAAUAAUUAUGGACAUAAAAAGGUCUAAUGAGGAAAUUAAAGGGCUGAAGAAAUCAUUCAGAGGUCUGAAACGCUCACAACUUCAUAUGCGUAGAUCCAAUGAAUCGCAACAAGAAACCAAUAAAAAAGUAAAACUGGCCUAUACAUUGUUACAGAAAGAGCAGAAAGAGGUAAAGAAAUCCCAUGAAUUAUUACAAGAGGACCACAAAAAGAUUAAGGAAUCCAAUGAAUUUAUAAAGGAAGGUCAUAUUAAAGUGACAAAAGACAUUGAAAUAUUGAAGACCUAUCAGGAAGAUACAGUACCAUGGAAUAUCAGAGCAAGAAUUGAGAAAUUACUUAAAACCUGGAAGGAAAAUGACCAGAUGUUUAUUAAGACUAGAGCUGCCGAUCAUGUACUCAAAUGUAUAAAAGAAAACAACUGUGUAACUAUUAUUGCUAGUUCUGGUGUAGGGAAGACAGCAACACUCCGACACGUGGCUAUACAAAUGAUAGGAGAAGGAUACGAUGUACUUAUGGUGACAGAACCAGUUGACAUUGUUAACUACAACAAUCCAAAAAAGAAAACACUGUUCGUUUUUGAUGAUUUAUGUGGCAACUAUUCUGUUGACCAAAGUGACAUAAAAAAAUGGGACCCCGUCAUGGAGACUAUAACUAAUAUUCUUGACGAAAAACGAACAAAAAUACUGGCAGCAUGUCGGUUACAAGUGUACCAAGAUGAAAAGUUUAAAUCUUUAUCAGUUUUCAAGUCAUGUGUGUGUAACCUGUUAUCAGAUAACAUGCGUUUGUCAAAAACCGAAAAACAAUCUUUAUCAGAGUUAUAUCUUAAGGCAAAAGCAUCGGAGAUUACAGCCUACUAUGAUUUACAUGAUUGUUUUCCUCUUUUAUGUAAAUUGUACAAUGAUAAUCCGAAACGUGAUGUCACAGAUUUCUUCAAGAAUCCAUUUACAGUUUAUAAAGCAGAGGUUGAUAAGUUUUUCGAAAAAGGGUAUCACGCUAAAUACUGUGUCUUGGCUUUAUGUGUCAUGUUUAACAACAAGUUUCAGGAAGAAAUAUUGACAAAAGAGGUGAAUGAAGAAACCAGGGCUAUUAUUGAGAACACAUUUGAGGCAUGUAGAUUAGACAGGGGAACAUCAAGACUUGUAUUACAGGAUGAACUUAACUGCCUUACACAUACAUUUAUAAUCAAAGAAGAAAAAGUUUACAAGACUAUACAUGAUAAACUAUUUGAUUUUCUGGCCUACUUCUUUGGACAGAAAAUGACCAGUUACUUAAUAAAAAAUGCAGACUCCGGGUUGAUCAAGGAAAGAUUUUUAUUAGAAAGAAAUGAUAACAUGAAUCAGUUUAUUACUAUAAUACCAACCAAUUAUCAUGAAAUGUACAUACAGAGAAUGAUUGAUGACUGGUCAAAGGGGAAAGUACAAGAUGUAUUUAGUAAUAUUAAUAUGGAGAUACCUCGGUUCAGACAAAAGUUUUGUGGCUAUUUACUUAAACUGGAUAAAUCUUACCAAUGCCGACUGGCACAUACCAGUGAUUUUCGUUCACUUCGUUCAAAAACUCUUUUCCAAUGGCAUGACGAUAACGAUGGUGAUUGGUAUGAUACUGCUUUAUUACACUGUUGUUACUUAGGAGAUAUUUCUUUAGUCAAGUGGUGUUGCACAAAUGGUGUUGAUGUAAAUAGGUGUUCCUAUAUUUCCCAGUCACCUGUAAUUAUUGCGUGUGAAUAUGGUCAUACAGAACUAGUCAAGAUGUUGUUAGACGGAGGUGCAGACUGUAAUAAAUGUGACGAAUUGGGUCGGUCACCUCUAAUGAAGGCUUGUGAACAUGGUCAUAUAGAAAUAAUGAAGAUGCUAUUAGACAAAGGAGCAGACUGUAAUAAAUGUGACAAAUGGGGUCGGUCACCUGUAAUGAAGGCUUGUGAACAUGGUCAUAUAGAAAUAAUGAAGAUGUUAUUAGACAAAGGAGCAGACUGUAAUAAAUGUGACGAAUUGGGUGGGUCACCUCUAAUGAAGGCUUGUGAACAUGGUCAUAUAGAAAUAAUGAAGACGUUAUUAGACAAAGGAGCAGACUGUAAUAAAUGUUACGAAUUGGGUCGGUCACCCUUAAUGGUGGCUUGUGAACUUGGUCAGAUAGAAAUAGUUAAUAUGUUGUUAGAAAGAGGUGCAGACUGUAAUAAAUGUGACAAAUUUGGUCGGUCACCUCUAAUGGUGGCUUGUGAACAAGGUCAGAUAGAAAUAGCUAAUAUGUUGUUAGAAAGAGGUGCAGACUGUAAUAAAUGUGACAAAUUGGGUCGGUCACCUCUAUUGGUGGCUUGUUAUUGUGGUCAUACAGAACUAGUCAAGAUAUUAUUAGAAAGAGGUGCAGACUGUAAUAAAUGUGACGAAGAUGGUCUGUCACCUCUAUUGGUGGCUUGUAAACAUGGUCAUAUAGAUAUAGUUAAAAUGUUGUUAGAAAGAGGUGCAGACUGUAAUAAAUGUGACAAAUUGGGUCGGUCACCUCUAAUGGUGGCUUGUUAUUGUGGUCAUACAGAACUAGUCAAGAUAUUAUUAGAAAGAGGUGCAGACUGUAAUAAAUGUGACGAAGAUGGUCUGUCACCUCUAUUGAUGGCUUGUGAACAAGGUCAGAUAGAAAUAGCUAAUAUGUUGUUAGAAAGAGGAGCAGACUGUAAUAAAUGUGACAAAUUGGGUCGGUCACCUCUAAUGGUGGCUUGUUAUUGUGGUCAUACAGAACUAGUCAAGAUAUUAUUAGAAAGAGGUGCAGACUGUUAUAAAUGUGACGAAUUGGGUCAGUCACCUCUAUUGGUGGCUUGUGAACAAGGUCAUAUAGAAAUAAUGAAGAUGUUAUUAGACAAAGGAGCAGACUGUAAUAAAUGUGACUGGUUGGGUAAGUCACCUCUAAUGAUGGCUUGUAAACUUGGUCAUAUAGAAAUAAUGAAGAUGUUAUUAGACAAAGGAGCACACUGUAAUAAAUGUGACUGGUUGGGUAAGUCACCUCUAAUGAAGGCUUGUAAACUUGGUCAUAUAGAAAUAGUGAAAAUGUUGUUAGAAAGAGGUGCAGACUGUAAUAAAUGUAACAAUGAGGGUCUGUCACCUCUAAUGAUAGCUAAAAAACAUGGUCAUACAGAAAUUGUAAAAAUGUUGUGUCAGGUUGACUAG